AAUCCUUUUCUGUUUAAUCCCACGAAUUCAUAAUUUCCCCUCAAAUUUGAAAUUACCUAAAUUGAAACGAUUAACGUGCCAACAUCUUUGAAAUUAAAUUUAAAGCUCUAACUAUUGUCUCGUAAUGGGGACUAACGAAGAAUGUAACAAUCAAUCUCCAAAAGCAAAUCAUUUAAAAAUCCUGAAAAACGCUUUCGGAUACAAUUUCUUCGAGAGAAAACAAUGGGAUGCCAUACGUUCAAUAAUAUUUGAGAAAAAAGAUAUAUUUAUAAACGCUGGAGUAAGUUUCGGAAAGUGUCUCGUUUACCAGUUCCCUCCAGUGUUUCUCAAAAAAACCGCAAUCGUCAUUUUACCUACGAUCGCUUUAAUUAAACAUCGAAUUUCAUCAAUUGAUCAAAAGCAAAUUAAUACUGUCUUAUUUGAUCCGACUCAACGUUUGGGUUCACAUGCAGAUUUCAAAGAAAAAUUAUCAAAAUGUCGAUUAAUUUACAUGAAAGCUGAACAUUUUAAUUUCUUCUAUAGAAAAUACCUUGACAUAGUCAGGAAGAAUGUCUGUAUCGUUGCAAUUGAAGAUUGCCAUGUCAUGGAAAAAGACGAAACAAUAAGCUUAGGAUCACUAGAGAGAGUAAAAGAUAUAUUCCCUAAUGUGCCUGUAAUUUACGUCACAAAAGCAGUAACCAAAGAAACCCAAACAACUAUCAUCAAGUCAUUAAAACUUGUUUGUCCUUUAGUUGUGAAGACAAACAUUAAUCGACCCAAUUUGGAAUUUUCAGUGCGAUCUAUUAAUAACAGUAUUUUCGAAUAUGACAUAAAGGAAUACUUGAAUAGUGUAACCAAUGGAUGCAUCAUCAUUUUCAUCUCAACUGACUGGUGCGAACAAAAAUUUUACAGCAGUGCUGGUUUCAGACCAGACAUUUAUUUGGAUACACUCGACAAAUCUUCAAAACAGAGAAUAUUGAAUGAUUUCACAACAGGGAAAUGUAAGGUUCUUGUUACAAGAGUAAGUCCAUUGAAUCUGGAAUUCUAUCGAAGUGACUUACGCUUGUUAAUUCAUUAUGAAUAUUCAAAUAUAGACCUCGAAAAUUAUUAUCGUGAGUGCUUGUUGGCUGGUCUUGAUGGAAAUCCCUCAAAGUGUAUUAUUUUCAAGAAAUUCGAAUGUCUACGUCUGGAACAAAUAACUCCCAAAGACACUUUGAGAACUUAUUUAAAUAUUAAAGAUUGUCGCCGAAAAUUAACUCUAAGACAUUUUGGUUCAAUUGAGAGAUUUCCUACUUUGGAAUCAUGUUGUGAUAAUUGCCAAACCAUUCUAAAUGAUAAGAUUCCGCCCUUCAAAAUUUACAAAGAUAUUGAUGAGAAAGGAUUUCUUAACAUAUCGGUGGAUGCUCGAAUUCUUAUGAAACUUAUAAAUGCAUAUAAAGGCAAAGGGAUCAAAUAUCCAAUCGUCGAUUUCUUAGUUGGAGAUGUUCCAAAAAAGCAUUCUAAAUAUCAUCCUUUGUCAUUGUUCGCUUCAGGCAAGAAUAAGAGUGAAAAUUGGUGGCUCAAUCUCAUUGAACAAUUACUUUUGAAUGACAUGAUCUUUGAAGAAAAAAUCUUACAAAACAUUCAAAUUGUGGAAAACGCACAGAAUCAGGAAGAAAAUGAGUUGAAUGUGUCAACUGAUGAAGAUGCUUGGGAAGAUUUAGAAGAUUUUGAAGGUGGUUAUGGGAUAGAAGUGAAUUGGCAAUGCUUUUUAAGACUUUCGAAAAAAGGCAAGCGAUUCUUAGAAUUUAAAACAUGCAAGCUUAAUAUGAAACCAAAUCAGAAGAUGCUUUCUUAUCUGCCAAAAACUGAUCAAGAAUAUUUCAUCGAGCAAGGAUCAAUCAAAAGUAAAAAAAGGGAAGUUUCAGAAUAAUUUAAUGUUUCAUAAAAUUUUCAAACAGAUUUUUUUUAUAUUGUUGUAGUGAAAAGUAGGAAUGGAGAAGUUACUUAGAAUAGAAGAAUAAAUGAAGUUUUUAUAAACUUGAAAAUGUUUCAUUUCAAAACCUUUAGGUGAAAAAAAAUUAUUUUUG